UAAUCUAAUCUUAUAAUAUUCAUCAAUUACAGCUCUUCCAGGCAUUUCUCUUGUCCCUGGACCAAUAUACGCUGAGAUGGGUAAAGAUAUCAGUCUCCCCGAGUGCGGGGUCAUCGGAUAUCCCCCUCCUGUGAUCUCCUGGACAAAGCUUUUUGAUCAACUUCCAACUGGAAGAAGCGCUGUAGAAGGCCAAACCUUGACGAUAAAAAAACUGCAGAAAAAAGACGGAGGAACAUACAUCUGCACGGCUAAAAACGCCAUGGGCGCUUCGCACGCCAUGACAACUUUGAUCAUUAAUGUGGUGCCUCAAUUUACUGUCAAACCACCAAAGAAGAUAGAGCUUUAUCAUGGACAGUCAGUUACACUGAACUGCUCCGCAGUCGGACAUCCAGUUCCGAAAAUAACAUGGUCAAGAUGCAAAGGAGAUAUGCCAGAAGGACGCACACAGGUGAAGGAUGGACAGCUUGAGAUAAACAGCUUGACAGCUGAAGACAGUGGUGUUUAUACUUGUUCUGCUCAGAGUGAGACGGUUCGCGUAGAGACUGAAGUACAGCUCACUGUGAAAACUGGUAAGCAGAGAUAAUUUUAAUGUGACGUUAACAGAGGUUACCUAAUAGAUAUUUCAAAGAUUAGAGAGGUUAGAAGAAUAUGUCCUCAUGUUUUAAUUAUCACUUGGUGGCUUAAAUAAAAUGAAAAUCGGUCGGGUAGAAAUUUUGAUAGUGGAAAAAAGCCCAAAGUUUUUUCCUUGUUGUAAAAUUACUUAAAAUCUCUCAACCCCUUUGUUAGAGAGCGGUAUUCAGCAAAUUCAUUCGCUGAUAUGAAGAGAGCGCUGUUCGCAAUUUUUUAAAAAAAUCCCAUGACUGAGUCAUUGGUGGAUUUUUCGUUCCUUCUCCCCAUUUGCGCGGUUUCGGCCGCUCAUUCUGUUUUUGAGUUUGCAGUGAACGGAGUUUUCUGCAGUGCGUUCACGUUUUCCAGGGGGAUAGAUUGUCUUAGUAGUAGGCAGUAUGGUUAAAAGCAUAAUUUUUCGUUGAUUUCCACCCUUUUCCUUAAAUAUCUAGCCAAGAUUUCGUGCAAUCAAAAAAUGACGCCAUUACGUCGGAGUCCUUAAUCCAAAAAUUUUUUUGAGAAUUUUGGAUGAUUUUUCGAAUGUUUUUAAUGUACAAAAAUUAGGGGGAGAUGUUUUGAAGUUUUGGAAAAAUUAGAAAAUAUUGCAUUUGGGGAUUAAUAAAAAUUAAAAAAUGAUGUGAAAAAUUGGUAGACAUUUACCAGAUAGUCCACCACCACAACAAGGUGCCUCUGAUCCUAUUAGCAGACUAACUCAUACUGGUUUAUGUGUAUACCUUAUUUUCUAACCUAAUUUAUUUCCCUCCCAAGUCAAUAUUUCCCAAUCAAUAUUUAAAAAACCAACCGUAAUGGCCCCUUAAUCGAACUAAGGCCCCGUUUGCAUGGAGAAAAUUUGUCCUCGGAAAGAGUGUCACCCUUCUAGCCGAGUCAACUUUAGCGAGAGUUUAUAAGAGAAAAAAGUUCACCCCUCGGGCAUACUCUGAUUAUCUAAACGGCGCGCGCAUGCCCUGAUGGCCCUGACCGACUUGACUCGGUUGGGGGAGCCAAAGUGUUUUUAUGAAGAAAAGUUGGCCCAGCUAGGAUGAUGACCCUACAAUCUCAAAAGUGUGACCCUGCUAGGCUGUUUCCCCUUGCCAAGCUAACUUUCUGUUUCUCACGUAAACGAUUCGCCUCGUUUUGUAACUGGGAAUGUAUAAAAAGUUGGCUCGCCCAGGAUAGCUCCGCUACUCCGUAUAAAAGCGGCCUGAGGAAAAACAUGUUUCUGAAGCAAACCCUGCGUCUUGAAAGAAAAUCACUCGUAAGCGUGAUGCUAAAAAUUUCCUUGUAAGCCGAGAUUAGCUUCCUCAAAAAAUGUUUUGAUUUCAAUUCGACUUAACUCGUACUCAACUGCUUCGCAUCAGUAUUUUCAGCUUUAACUCCCCAUUGAGGUUCCGCUUAAAAAUGCUGGUCAAGGAAGUCCUAUUCAAAAAAUGGAACAGUUUCCAUCAACAUUUUAUCUGUCUAGUAAGUAAGUAAGUAAUAACUUUAUUUAACCACGAAAUCCUUAUCACUAAAAAGUGGUCUUCAAAAGAGCCGUGCACAUUAAACUAAGACUUAAAAAUAACAAACAUUAUUGAAAAAGUCCUAUAAUAAAUGCCUACUAAGAAAAUCUUAAUGUACAAUGGCGAAAUAAAAACAAUUUAAAGUAUUGGCCUGCUUAGCCUCAGCUGACAGGCUGUUCCAUGUUACUGCGCCCCUAUAACGAAAACUUUUCUUUAGGGCUUCAGUGUUCUGUCGCGGAAUAAACAGGUUAUGUUGCGCACCUCGAAGAAUAUGCCUGUGAAUGGUAUUAAUGCUGGCGAAUUUAUCAAACAGGUAUUCAGGUACAAGGUUAUUUACAGUUUUAAACAUUAAAGAUUUCAGUUGCUUACCACGUCUGUCAGCGAGACUAUCCCAUUUAAGGGCAUGAAGAAUCGGGGUAGAGCUGGCAUCCCAGCUAGACCCUGUAAUUAUGCGUGCAUCCCUGUUUUGAGCUUCCCCUCACCCUUCCCUCAAUUAAACUGAAGCUCUCCCAGAAGCCACCUCACUCCCAUGACGAAAAAUUCUUGCAAGGGCCACUUAGACAAAAGGUAGUGAGGGGAAGCCGGAUCUUGGUGUAGAUCAGUAUCAGCGAUGUAGGUAACACUUAAAGUUGAAGGCAAGUGUUAAGGCUGAUUGGACAGCUAUGAAUAGGAAAUUAUUUCCCUAUCUCCCCGUCCAUAGUGGUCCGACCGAUCUGCCUUGCCUGAAGUCAGUUUAACGUCUUCGUCCCACAACUCAACUAACAUUAAGUUAUUUUUUUGAUUAUUAACUUAUUUAUUUAUUUAUUCAUUUAUUUAUUUAUAGUAACUGACUUAAAAUAAUUGGUUUUAUUAUUUUUCAAUUUUUACAGCCCGAGAUUGUGCCGAGCUGUUGAACGCCGGUUUCAAAGAGAAUGGCGUGUACGCAGUAAACCCAACAAACAAGACCAGUUUUGAGGUGUUCUGUGACAUGAAGACUGAUGGUGGAGGGUGGACAGUCUUUCAAAAGCGCUUUAAUGGCUUUAUUGGAUUCUACAGGGGGUGGGAUGAGUACAAAAACGGCUUUGGUGACGUCAGAGGAGAGUUUUGGCUUGGAAACGAGAAGAUUCAUCAACUGACGGAGAUUCCGAGUCAGCUGCGAGUGGAAAUGAAGGUAAAAAAUUAUGGCAAGUUGUACGCCAAGUACAGUAAUUUUACAGUUACUAACGAGGCGUCUAACUACACGCUGUUUGUUGGGUUUUACUCUGGUACAACUCCGGAUCAACUGGCCUAUCAUAAUGGCAUGGCUUUCAGUACAAAGGACCGAGAUAAUGACGAAGAUGGUAGUAACUGUGCUGUAGCCUACAAGGGAGCAUGGUGGUACAAAGGGUGUUAUCACUCAAGCCUGAAUUCCAAUUAUGGUGACGAUGACUAUAAAUGGAAUGACCCACUCCUGGCUAGUGAAAUGAAACUGAAACCCGCAAGCUCUAAAUGA